AGGAGCCAGGCCGGGCUUUGCUCCAGCUCCCCCUGCUUGCCCUGCUGCUUACAUUGUAUCAAUCUCUCGCCUUUGAGAGCUGAAAACAGCCAUUAAGAUCAUGUUAGAGAUUCACUGAAAAGCAGAAGCGGAGGAAUCCAGCGGAAUGAAAACCUCGUGAAAGUGCGGAUUUUAUCCCCCGAUCCCCGAGGCGAGGAGAGGCGAGCGGCCGCGGUGUUGGGAGCGGGCUCGGAGCGGAGCUGGACGGGGAAUGCCCGGUGCAGCCGGCGGUGUUGAGUCUUCAGCGGGGUCUCGGCGUGUGAUGGCCGCGCUCCAGUGAAGUGGCCCUUCCGCUGGCCGGACCUUGGCGUGCCCGGGCUCUGUGGAUUUGCGUUGAGCGCGUUGAUUGAUUACAGCAGCACGUUUUGAGCUUCGGUUACUCCAGUUUUACCUUUUCACCACCAGGAUCUAUGGAGUGCACAUGAACUGCCGCUGGAUCGGGGUCUACAGGCGGGGGCAAAAAUGUGGGCUUUUGGGAAGGGGACACCAAGACAACCCUGAGGCUUCUGUAAGGGCGCUCCUCACUGCCCCAGUCGUCUGAGAAGGUCAGACCACCCUGUGGCACGCUUGGGCCGUUGGCAAUAAGAUGUCCCUAAGUAGUGGCACUGCAGGCGGGAAAGGUGUGGACUCGAAUGCGGUGGACACUUACGACAGCGGAGAUGAGUGGGACAUUGGAGUGGGCAAUCUGAUCAUCGACCUUGACGCCGACCUAGAGAAGGAUAAGCUCGAGAUGUCUGCCACUAAAGAGGGGGGAGGAAUGGCUGCACCCCCCAGCGCCGUGGCGGCUCUUCCGGACAAUAUUAAAUUCGUGAGCCCGGUUCCUGCCCAGGGCAAGGACGGCAAGUCCAAAUCUAAACGCAACAAGAACUCAAAGGAUACGAACAAGUCCUCCGCUCCAGAAGGAGCCAAGAAAGAGGCCCAGGGCCGGACCCAGAGCGAAGGUACGGGGCCGGCCGCGGUGGCGGCUGCUGCCGCCGCGUUAGCUGGCGCCGGCAAAGGAGCGGAUAAAAGCGGUAAAGCCUCCCGCAAUGUUCCAGGAGGAAAGAAGGACAAAGAGGGGGGAUCUGGCAAAAAUAAGAAGGACAAAAACGAAGUGGUAACAGGUGGAAAUGCGGCGACUGACAAGGACUCCAGUGCAGCUCCAGUGCUGACCUUAGGACCCUCCCGCAACGCCCCCUUCGAAGGGAGGCAGAACACGGACAUAUCGUGUGAUCAAAUUGGGAAUAUCGCCCUGGACGCUGCUGGAAUAGUUCAGGCUAUUAAAAGUGAACCUGAGGAGAUAGAAAACACCGACUGCAGGAACAUGAAGAAAGUAAAAAGUGAAAAGAUGGAAUCACCAGUCUCCACGCCUGCUCCUCCACCUCUUCACCUCCUGGCUCCGGUCGGCAGCAGUGAGAUCUCGUCACCGUGUGAGCAGAUCAUGGUUCGUACACGCUCUGUGGCAGUCAACACGUCCGACGUGGCUCUGGCAACCGAACCUGAAUGUCUGGGCCCGUGUGAGCCUGGAACCAGCGUCAACCUAGAAGGCAUUGUCUGGCAAGAAACUGAAGACGGUAUGCUGGUAGUGAAUGUCACUUGGAGGAAUAAAACCUACGUGGGCACGCUUCUGGACUGCACUCCGCACGACUGGGCUCCUCCACGGUUUUGUGAGUCACCCACAAGUGAUUUGGAGAUGAGAAACGGACGAGGUCGGGGAAAACGAAUGAGACCCAACAGCAACACUCCUGUAAAUGAGAAUAGCAACUCCUCUGAUAAUAAAGGGAGCAACAGCAGCAAAACCCGAGCAGCAUCGAACAGCAAGGGGCGACGGGGCAGUCAGAACUCUUCUGAACGCCGCACGCCACCCAACAGCAACACUGAAGACGUCAAGGCCAGUCCCUCAUCUGUGAACAAACGCAAGAGCAAACCUGCCUCAGACAUGGAGCCUAAUUCCAGCUCUGAGGACACAAAAGGUAGCAAGCGCAUGCGCACAAACUCCAACAGCGGAAUGCCUCACGCUGUGCUUCCCAUCCCCACAAUCAAAGCCGAGGCUCUGCCUCCUACCCUAGACCGCACUUGCCCCUCUCCUGUCCUCAUCGACUGCCCCCAUCCUAACUGCAACAAGAAAUACAAGCACAUCAACGGCCUGAAGUACCAUCAGGCUCGUGCCCACAACGAUGACGACAUUAAACUGGACAUGGAUGGUGACAGUGAAUAUGGGGAGGAUUCUACUCUACAUCCGGAACCAGGCAACUGCAAUGGGGCCUCCAUUUCCCAAAAAGGCUGCGUCUCUCCGGCUCGAUCCGUUACCCCAAAAGGCAGAGGGUUUGAUGCCCAGAGUCCAGAGCCUUCUUCAGGCAAGUACGCCUCUAAACAGUCCAAAAAGAAAGCAGAGGCUGACCAUGAUUCUGGAGUGCACUUAGACGGCUGUGAAGAGGGUCCAUGUCUUACAGAUGAGACUAGCAAUGAUGGCCUUGAUGAUAAGAAAAGCCUAGACAAGGCCAAGAAGUCUGGUAGUGGCUCCAAAGCAGAUAAGCUCUCUCAGAAGGGUGUGAAAACUGGACGACCUGUUGUACCUUCAAUGCCACCUCAACAACUCUAUGGCUUACAAGCGUCAAGCUUCCCUGCUCCUAAUGCAAGCUCCUCCAUGGGUGUGAGCACAGUGGUGCAGUCUAUUCCCAAAAGCCCCCAGCUGAAAGCCAUCCAGCCUAAGCCUGUAGUCAUGGGUGACCCUUCUAUGAACCCAGCCUUAAGUGGUUCUAAGGACAAGAAGAAAAAGGACAAGAAAAAGAAGGAGGGUGGAAAGGAGAGUGAUAGCCCGAAAGCCCCUGGGAAGGGAGGGAGGUCAGAGGAAGGAAAAAGUCCUUACUCAGAAUCCUCAGACCCUGGGAGUAAAAGUGAUGGCCUGCUCAACGGUUCAACAGACCCUCACCAGAGUCGCUUAGCCAGUAUCAAGGCUGAAGCUGACAAAAUCUACAGCUUUACCGACAAUGCUCCCAGUCCCUCCAUUGGCGUCGCCAGCCGGAUAGACAGUGGUGGAAUGGCCCAACCUCUAACCCCUCUCCAUGUGGUAACCCAAAAUGGAGCAGAUAACUCUUCAGUAAAAACCAACAGUCCAGCCUAUUCGGACAUCUCUGAUGCGGGAGAAGAUGGCGAGGGUAAAGUGGAAGGUGUAAAGGUGAAAUCUGAGGAUCAGGCAACCAGGGAAGGAGCCAAAAAGGCUCUAUUUCCAACUCAACCCCCCAACAAGGAAUCUCCAUUCUACCCCAACUAUGAGACAUACUAUUCCCCCAAUUACGCCAACCCUAACCCCAGCCCAGGAGUCUCAACUACUGGCCUACCAUUGCAAGACGGCCCCGUAAAGGUGAAGAAAGAAGAGGAGCCAGAAGUAAUAGAAGAGAAAGGUAAAACAGAACAGUCUGAAGAUCGCAAACCAGACAUUAGCACUUCUAGUCAGCAGCAGCAACCACAGCAGCAGCAGCAGCAACAGCAGCCAUCAGUCAUCCAGCAACGCUCCAAUAUGUAUAUGCAGCCACUGUAUUACAAUCAAUACGCCUACGUGCCCCCUUACGGCUAUUCACCAGACCAGGCUUAUCAUAAUCACUUGCUAAACACUAGCUCAGCUUACAGGCAACAGUGCGAGGAGCGGCAGCGGCAGGCUGCUGAGCAGCACCGAGCAGCAGAGAAGAAAUCCGAGGCUGUUCAGAAAGACAGAGAAGCCUCCAUGAAGUCAGAGGAGUGGAAGCAAAAAGCAUCAGUUCCCCCAACCUUGUCCAAAGCUCCAAGCCUGUCCGACCUUGGGAAGCCCCUGCCUCAGACCAAGCCCAAAGACCCAGCCUCAGAGCCGGCCAAAUCCGUCAUCAUCCCAAAGGGUGAAGAUGGAAAGCCACUAGGCCAGCAGUCAGAAGGGCUGAAGAUGAAGCUAAGUGAAGGACACCACGGCAAAGAGGAACAGAAGUCCAGUAUAGAGUCUGGAAGACCGUCCGCCAUGGAGCAAGCCAUGUACAUGUACAGACAGGAACCUGAUUCUCGGCUGUGGCCCUACGUUUACCCCAGCAAGUACCCUGAAGCCCAAAAGCAGAUCGACGAGGAGAGGUGGAAGGACGAACGAGAGCGAGAAAGGGAGCGAGAGCGUGACAGAGAGCGAGACAGGGAUCGGGACAGGGACAGAGAACGAGAGAGGGAACGAGAGCGAGAGAGGGAGCGAGAUAGGAAGGGCAAAGAGGAAAGGCCUCGUCCCAAAGACGCUCCUCCUAAGGAAGAAAUGAAAGAGGGGGCUGAGCCACGGACAUCAGCAGCAUCUGAGGAGCAUAGGGGAGUCAGUAAAGACCCCAGAGCCCAUAUGCAGUUCCCCUCAGCUCUGCCUCAACACCAGUCCUACAUGCCCUACAUGCAUGGAUACCCUUAUGGCCAGGGGUAUGACCCCAGUCACCCAGGAUACCGAGGAAUGCCUUCAGUCAUGAUGCAAAACUACCCAGGGUCCUACCUGUCAGCAGGCUACUCCUUUUCACCGUAUGGGAAUAAGAUUCCUCCGGGAGAGGAAGGUGAGAAGGCCCGCGCCAGUCCCACAGUGACUGGCAAGUCUGCGUCUGACUCUAAAGCCCUGGACAUCUUGCAUCAGCAUGCCAGCCAGUACAAGAGCAAAUCGCCCACAGUGGGUGAGAAGACAUCCCAUGAGAGAGAGCGGAGUGGAAGUGACAGAGAACGAGAAGGUGACCGACCGCGGUCCUCACCUUCGCAGAGAAUUAUGCCUUCCCAUCACCACCUGGGGUACCCUCUACUCUCUGGACAGUAUGAUUUGUCUUACGCCACAGGUCUCUCAUCAUCAGCCAUUGUUGCCAGUCAGCAAGCCUCUGCCCCUUCACUCUACCCCCCAGCACGGAGGUGAGAAUGGCACACAUGACGUGAAGACUAUUCCCUUCUUCUUUUCUCCAGCAGGGAAAAGGUGACUUGUGGACCUCAAGCUUGCCUGCAGCCAUGUGAUUAGAUCACAUGAGGAAAAGUGUGUGCAGUUUAUGACAUCAGUUCAAUGGUGUUCCUGAAAUUUUUGGUUGUUCUUCCCGGAUAUCCCGGUGUUUUUCCCCGCCGUUCCCCGUCACUGGAGAUGGAUGGAUGGUGGAUGCUGAUCCCCCCUGGCUCGCCAGCCCCCCCUGAAAGCACUCAGUAAGACCACCUGGCCGCUCGGUGCUGCGCCACAGGAUAUGUACUCGAGAGAGAGGAGACGGGGCCUGUCUGCAGAGACUACAAAUGAUACAAGUGCUAGCUAUUAGAAAACCUUGGUUUGAUGAGAACGGAGGAAAAUGAUGGACAGUAUGGAUACUCAUUGUCAUGUCACUACAUUGCUUUGUGCUUCGGCGAGAACUUUGCAGACUUCGCAGAGCUGCUCCUGUGAAAUGCCUGCCGUAAGGAUUACACGUACUGGUGGAUACUUUCUUUUUCUUUUUCUUUUUUUUUUCUGGAUUGCUUUGGAUUCUUCGAAAAGGCUAAGAGUCACAGAAUCUUGAAUCUUCUUCAUGUGUCUCCUUUCUCUUUAAACACACACAAACACACAUAUACACACACUCUGGACUCUAUGCAAGCUGAUGAUGCCCAUCUCUCUCUCACUUUCUCUCUCUCUGACUCUCUCUCUCACUCAGUUAGUUCAGAUUCAGGGGAGCAGCUAGAGUUCCUGUUACGAUUUCAGUUCAUUUUACAUCCACUUACUUGAGCUCAUAGUAUAUAUAUAUGCUUUGUUGAAGGCAUUCGAAACACACUUCCAACUUCCUGCAAUCGGCCUGUAAUCGUACAUCCUGAUGUUGGUAGGAUGCCUUUCUUGUAUUUUUUUUGUUUUGUUUUCUUUGAAGGAGACUAGAGCAAACCUCAUUGUGUCUCUCGUUGUUGUGAUUCCAUCAACAGCUCAUAGCUCAUGCGUAUGGAACGUUGCACUGGCUGGCGUACACAAGUAGCAGCGUAACGGUCAAGUGGUCGUUACUGAGGGGUUCCACACAUUUCUCCUGCACCUGUAGUUUGGAUCUUCAAUGGGACUACUAAUGAUAGGCUGCUUUGGAAGGGUGCUCAAACAUGCUGCAAAGGACUUCUCUAAGGACUUCUCUAAGGAAGGACGACAGGGAUGUGUGGAGUGUGUGACGUGUGUGUAUGUAUGUACUGCUUGUAGGCUGGACUGGAGUAGUAGUAGUAGUGCCUUUUUUUGUGGCAGUACUACCAACACCACUAAGCAGCCGUUGCUGGGAAGCUGAACGUCUGUAAGGGUGUGUGUACUCCAGGAGGAGCUGUUCCCAGGCCUCAGCUUCUGUAACUGUGACAGUCAGGGAGACAGUCAUCCUGUCUGUGUGAGGUGGGGUGUAUGUAUGUAUGAAUGUGUGCAUGUAUGUGUCCGAGGUUGCCUGGUCACAAACUGUGACACACACACUCGCAAAUGUACACACAUACACACAUACAUGCCCAUGCUAUUUUUCUUCAACAUGCUGCUGCUGCUGAUGAUUAAGAGUCUCAUGCCAAACUGCAUGGAUCAGAGUUUAAGCCGUGGGGUAAGUGCAUAUACAAAAGCACGAAGAGAGUUUCUAUGGUUAGAAGAUCUCGACGGGACUUUUUUUGUGCCCCCCCUUGCAUAGGCCCAAGAGUGGCCCACCGCGGUAGUCGGAUCCCAGUCUGAAUACAUUGAUGUGUAGAGUUACUGUAUACCUGACAGUGGAGUACAUGUGCUGUUCGGUGUUCACUUUUGGACCUCCUAUCUCCGGAUGUCCUCCCGGCUUCCUCUCCCUUCCACUCUGUCAUGUGUAUCUGCAUGGUGUACUAUAGCACUAGAAAGAAAAAGAAAAAAAAAAGAAAGAAAGAAACAUUAACACGGAGAGUCAGGCAAGCUGUGCACGUUUGCCUCACUUCCUCUUUUGCUGCCCUUCUCUCGCUCCCACAUGCACUCACUAUGUGGUUUCUGUAUAUAUUGUACAGAGGAAUUAUUUUAAAAAGGUUGUUGGAUGCUAUUGGAAUUUCCUACUCUUUUUUUCCCCUUUUUUUGUCUGUUAGCCUUUUUUUUCUACUAUUGUUGAUAUAAUAUGAAUAUGUAGCUGGUGUAACGGCUUUAUAAUUGAAGUGUUGUGAUAUAUUUCCCCCCCUCUCCCUGCCUCCCCUUCUUCUCUUGCUCCACUUUUCUCUUUACUUGGGUGUCGUUUCCUCCCUCAAACCUCAAACCCACAACUUCUUUUCCAAGCAUGUCACACUUCGGUUUCACGGAAAACAUGAAUCAAAUCAUAACAUAAUUGUCCAGAUCUUCACUAACAUAAAUCGAUAAAUCGAGGUCAUUGGUAGUUGCUCUGAUAGAACAACAGGAAUCAUGGAAAUGGGAUUGACUUCGGCUCUACUCAGAUUACUGUUAAAUGCCAGGUAAUGAAUCAAAUUCACCAUUAAUAGCUCUUUAUUGCAACCUGCACCCUUUGAAGCACGACAUUACACAACAAAAACAGUGAAAUCAGAAUACAGACAGAACAUUUUUAACAAAAACUAGUUUUUGAUAAUAUUUAGUGGUUCAGUCCCAUUUUGAACACUAAAAGAACAUUAGAGCUUACUGUCUAGUUUAUUUAGAACAAGCCAUUCACACAGAGAAAUACACUUACUGACAGGCCAAAAGUCAUGACAGGUUCUACAGUAUCGUGUUUCAAAACUUAGACCAUAUUUCAUUUUCCUGACCUAAAGAAUAUACAUGUGGGGCCUCUCCUGCAAUUUUGAUGUGAUUUCUGCCAAAAGUCAUUUGUGUGGUUGCAUGGUGCGCUCUUGUCCGACACCUCCAGUCACAAUAUUAUUACCAUCCACUGUUCUGUCAACUGUCGGUGGUAACCAGGAAUCAACGCCCGCACUAAAUUAAAAAAACUUUAUGUUCCAUCUAUCUGGCAUUCACUACUAGACCUUGCUCAAACUCCUCCGGCCUUCCAAAGUUGUGCCCUGAGUUAGCACUUCAUGAUCAAUUUUACAUUCUGCUGUCCCACGACUUUUGGCAUGUCAUUGUAAAAUGUUCUAUCAAACCCAGUGGAUGAGGAGAUGAUUUAACAUUAAAUCAUCUUGGAUAAAAUAUGGCGACAGAUAUUUAAAAUAAAUAGUAGUAAUAAUUAAUAUCACUUAACUGUUUUCUCUUUAAACAUAUGAUCAGUAAUGUUGUGCUGUCUGGUGACAUGGUUCAUGGUUUCCUCUGUAUUGAGGAGUUUUUAAAAAAAAGCGCUUGUUCUAAGUUUCUAAUUUUCUUUUUUUUAAGCAUUUUCAGAUUUUAUCCUCAGUGAGACACAGUCACUCUUUUUGUUUUGUUUUUUGUUCUAUAACUACAGACAUUAUUGUUAGUCUCAAACGGUGCUACUCUGGCUGGUCCCCAUGCAGUCCUUGAAGGGAGGACGCAAUGUGCUUACCCCCCCCCCCGUACCCCCCGCAGCCCCCCAGGUUCUACUUCCUGAUCUAUUUGGGCCUCUCCCGUUCUCACAUUGAGUGUUUUUGUCCUGUCCCUCUCAGUCUGAGAGCUGUGGCUCACUAUCACUCAUUGGUACUUGAAAGACAGAUGUUUACAGCUUUUGUUCAUUUCUAUGUUUGGAUGCAUUUCUCUCGUAAACCUGGCUCUCCCUCUCCCCCCCUCGUCUCUGAGCUCUGUAUUGUUCUUCCUCUGCCUCUCUCUCCCUCACUCUCUUCCUGGGGUUGUCGUAUGUAAAGUGUACAUUGCCACAUUUCUUUUUUUUUUAUACAAUAUUGUAACUUGCCUUUGUACAUUUAGGCAGAAAAUAAAUCUUUUUAUGAGACAAUCA